GGGGCUGAUGGGAGAUCUGAGGCCUCUGAUAGAAACCACGUGUUCCUCGUCUGAUCUCUCAGCUCGUCCUUGUUUGUCCUCUGCAGCGUCACAGCGUCACUUCUCCUCGGGUUCACCAGAGGAAACAUCGCAGCUCCAAAAUGCUUCUCCUCCCAGCCGCCGCCCUGUGCUGCCUGUGUUCAGCGCUGGUUUCCAUGGCAGCCGAGCUGAUUCAGGAUGAUUUAUCAUUGACCAGGAGAGUCGGUGAAGCAGUCUCCUUCAGCUGUGGAGGCACUCAUCAGUGUUACAGUGACGCAUACUGGUACCAAAAGAAAGACACAGAAACAUUCAGAGUGAUUCUUGGUAUUAACAGGAGUAAUGGAGCUUUAGAUAAAAGCUACAAUCAUACACAGGAAGAUGAUUUCUCAGCUGUGAAUAAAAAGAACGGCUGGGAGCUGCAGAUCAAGAGAGUUAAAGACUCUCAUUCAGCCACAUAUUACUGCUCCUGUUUGGUUAGUGUUAUCUGUUUCACUGUGUGGUACAUCUUUGGCUCUGGAACUAAACUGUUUGUAACAGAUAAGCAGGUGGUGCAGCCCGUGGUGAGCGUGUACCCGGCAGCAUCGAGAGCGCAGCUGGAGGAGAAGAGCUCUCUACUGUGUGUGGCCUCAGCCAUGUUUCCUCCUCUGGUCCAGAUCUCCUGGAAAAAACAGAAUGGGAGCGAUUCUCUGGAGGAUGUGAACCCUGCUGAUGUGAAGCAGCAGGAGCUGAGGGAGUCGGGGUGCAGCGCCUCCAUCUUGACGAUCUCACGAGAGAACAGCACCUAUAAAUACCACUGCUCAGUGCAGCAUCAGGGGGGCACAGUGAAUGCUCAAACAGGAACAGAGGUCCCAGUUCCUACGACCUCCAGUCCUCCAGAGAGAGAGCCGACUGACAUGUCCUUUCAGUCUCAGUGCAAGGUGAAGCUGCUGACGCUGCUGUACACGGUGCUGAUACUGAAGAGUCUGGUGUACUGCUGUGGACUCUCUCUGCUGAGGAUCUUCAGAAACAACAAACCGUCCAUCCACUGAACAUGUGCUAACUGAUUGUCUUCUGAUGUUAUGUGCCGUAGUGUUUUUGUAGUUUUUAUGAAAGAAGCUUGUUUGUGAAAAAGUAAAGCUCUAUGCUGAUGA